AUCUGAUCUGAAUUAUCAUCUGAUGAGCAAGAUGAGUGGAAUUAUACAAUGUCAUAUAUAUAUAUACAUAAUAUGUAGAAGUACAUAUUAGUGCAUGCAUUAGUACACAAGGACUUGUUGUAACUGCUUUGCUUUGAUGAUUUAUCGUUAGUGCUGCAUUUCAGCAAACGAUACAUUCAUGCCAGUUUUCUUCUUAAUAGCCGUUGACGGCGUCGUUGUCAGCUUGUUGACUGUGUGCUGACAACGCGAUGGAGCCUCGAUGGACAAGUGCCGUUGUCGCCUGAAGUGUGCGGCAGCCGGGUCGCUUGUGGUUCAUGCAGUGUUCUUCCUGACCCGUUCCUCCUCGUGAGCCUGUCCACCGGCCGUACCGAAGGCCUGCCGCAACGCCACCUGCCACUACAGCAUCCAACCCCAUAACGGCGUGUUGACCUUUUGCAGUGGAGCGCCUUGUGCAGGACGCCGCGUCCAACCCCGCCAGCAAGAAGAUCCACCUGGUCUUCGAGCCAGUCGCCCCGCGCGCCACGCGCCGCAUGGUGCAGUUCGUCGCCGUUGACGCCGGCGCGACAGUCGCCUUCCCGUGCGCCGUGCACAACGUGUCUGACCGCGCUCCGCUGCCGCACUUCGCCUGGAUGCACAAUAAACGUGUGCUGGCCCACCUCCGCAACGGCCGCCUCAUCAACACCGGCCCCUUCGACCUCCAGCACUCCGUCCAAUCCCGCCCGGCGCCGGCCUCCCCCUUCGCCGACGCCACCGUGACCUUGACCUGGAAGAACGUCACCUGGCCGGCCAGCGGCGACGUGACCUGUGUCCAGCACUGCCUCGGGUCUCCAGGAAUGUUGCCCGUGCUACUAGAGACCGCGGAGGCGCCCUUAUGCGCCAGUCACUACUUCCGGCUGCUUGUCUUCUCCUCCGCCAGCGAACUCUUUGCAGUCCCCAUGUCCGACGUCAGCGUGAAUCGCGGGGCGGACGCCCACAUCAGCUGCGUCGCCCACCGCCUGGAGGGAAACAUGCCGGCGUUUAUUUGGCGCCUCAACGGCCACGUGACCGCCGCCCCCGCCGACCACCCGCUGCAGGCGCUGGCCCGUGCCGUGGUGGACCGACGGAGCCGCUUCCUGCCGGCGGAGCACUUCCCUUUAAGCGGCAUCUCCACGGCGGAGGAUUCCACCAUCGCGUUCUCUACUCCGCGACGGCGACGACAGUCAACAGCUCGCUGACCGUCAGCCGGUUGGACCUGCAUACGUCGGCGCGUGUCGAGUGCUGGGUGCGGCCGGACGACCGACAGGAGGUGUGGCGCCGGCAGACCGCCUCCCUGGACGUUUUGACCACUCCGGCUGGGUAAUGUUUCUUCUCGGGAUAGCCGUUUAUAGAUGUCUGUGGCACGGUGUUGGGUGCUCAAUAUGCAGUGCACACAAUUACAGACUUGUUCUGAUUUUUGCAUUCACAAAUUAUUCAAGUACAGAGAAACACGAUAACCUAAAAUUACGAUUUUUUUCAACACUGACAGAUAAAUAAAUAAAUCUUCAUUAAUUUCUGUCUAAAAAAAUCAGUUAUCUGUCUGAUACUGUAUUCAUAAAUAGGAAAAAACAAA